AAGAGGACAAAUAGUAGGAGCUGGAGAAUCCGGAGACCUAGCACCGCGAAGUAUGAAGAGAAAGAGGCGCAGUUAUGUAACCCGGUCAUCCGACUGGACUUUCGAUGUAAAAAUAGUUUUCUAGGGCAAAGUGCUAGCUCUGUGAUUAGACCGAAUUCUCCAACGACAACAUCUCAAAUUAUGGCAAGAAAGAAAAGAAGAGGGAUUAUAGAGAAAAGGCGUCGGGAUCGGAUAAACAACAGUUUAUCUGAGUUGAGACGGCUGGUGCCAACUGCUUUUGAAAAACAAGGGUCUGCAAAGUUAGAAAAAGCUGAAAUACUGCAGAUGACAGUGGAUCAUCUGAAGAUGCUUCAGGCAACAGGGGGAAAGGGCUACCUGGACGCCCACGCCCUCGCCGUGGACUUCCUGAGCAUCGGCUUCCGCGAGUGCCUGGCGGAGGUGGCGCGCUACCUGAGCGCCGUGGAGGGCCUGGAC